GAUUGGUCGAGAUUAUGACCGGGGGUACAGUCUGAUUGGUCAGUGGAACUGUCGAUCAAAGCGAAUGGGAGCCGGGGUUUGUGCGCAGGUGCGAAGCUAAGUGUCAACAACCGGGCCGGGCAACGGGGGACAGGCCGAGGCUUGGGGCCUAUUCCGGAGCCCCAGCAUCCGCUCCCUCUCCAUCUGCUGUGGGGAGUCUCUCACCGACGAUGUGGUUCCAAGCACCACUCCUGGCCUCCAGAUGAACUCCAGCGAGAGGGAGCGCUCCUCCCCUCCCCCAGGUUGCUCCCCCAAUGGCUCGGGGGCAGAGCUGGCAAAGCAGGAAGCGGAGCUGGGGGAGCCCCCGCCCACAUCUGGGACCCCUCCUGAUCACAGAGGGCAAGAGGGAACGCCCACCGUGGACGCUGCCCCCCUCAGCCCGCCAGCCGGCGAGGACGAGGAGGCGGAGGCACUCUCCGAGCUGCUGGCGGGGGAGAGGGAGCCCUCGGACGCACACGCCCCUCCCAAGAGGGAUGAGGACAUCACGGCGGACGCCUGGCGCGCCCACCGCAAGCACGUCUUCGUCCUGAGCGAGGCGGGCAAGCCUAUCUACUCCCGCUACGGCAACGAGGAAGCCCUCUCCUCCACCAUGGGCGUGAUGAUGGCCCUCGUCUCUUUCGUGCAGGCUGGGGAUAACCUGAUCCGCUCCAUCCAGGCAGAUGACUACCAGGUGGUGUUCAGCCAGGAGGGGCCGCUGGUGCUGGUGUGCGUGUCGCGGGGCCGCCAGUCGGAGCGCCAGCUGCGGCGGGAGCUGCUCUACGUCUACCAGCAGAUCCUCAGCAUGCUGACCCGGGCCACGCUCACCCGCGUCUUCCGCCGCAAGCAGAGCUUCGACCUGCGCCGCCUGCUCGCCGGCUCCGAGAAGAUCCUGGACGGCCUGCUGCGGAGGCUGGAGCGGGAGCCGGGCCCGCUGCUGGGCGCCGUCCGCUGCCUGCCCCUGGCCGCGCCCCUGCGCGAGGCCGCCGGGCAGCUCCUGCGGCGGGCCGCUGCCCCCAACCUGGUCUUCUCCAUCCUGGUGGCGGGUGGCAGCCUGGUCACCAUCGUGCAGGAGAGGGCGGUGAUCGAGGAGGCCCGGUUGGACCCGGCCGACCUGCAGCUGCUCUUCAACCUGCUGGCCGCCUCUGGCUCCUUCCAGGCGGGCGAGGUGUGGGCGCCCAUCUGCCUGCCCCGCCUCUGCCCGGACGGUUACCUCUACGCCUACGUCUCGUACCUGGACCCGCCCGCCUGCCGCCUCUGCCUCCUGCUCCUCUCCACGGACCGCGAUGCCUUCUACUCCGCCGCUGCCUGCAAGCGCCGCAUCGAGGAAGGCUUGCGGGCCCAGGGUCUGCUGCGGGCCAUCGGCGAGGCCCUGGGGGGAGGCGGGGGCGUGUCCCCGCCUGGGAUCGCUGACCUCUGGCACUUCAUGUACAAGCCCCUGGACGUCCCCGAGAACCACCGGCAGCUCACCCAGUAUGCCAGCCCCGAGCUGAAGGCCCCUUACUACACAGAGGGGGAGAGGGAGCGGCUCUUCGACCUCUACCAGUAUCUACACGGGAGGGUCCACAGUGCCUCGAGGCCCCUCAGGCUUGUCUACCACGUGGCUGCUAAGGAGACACUGCUGGCCUGGGUGACGUCCCGCUUCGAGCUGUGCUGCUUCAGCCCGCUGGUGACCAAGGGAGGGGCCAUCGGGCUGCUGACCUCGCUGCUGCGCUGGCUGCGGAAGGAGACCAACCUCUUCCUCUGUGCUCCCCCUCGGUACUCCACCUCGCCCGGCCCGCCCCGGCACAGGGCCAGCUCAGCCCCAACAACGGCCUCCCCUCUCUGCUGUAGGAACACGUGGGAUGAUCUGGUUCUGUCAAAUACCCCUCGCCCUGCCUCAACACAUGAGACUGCUGGCUCCACCCCUCUCCCCACCCUCGGAGGGGCGUGAACACUCAGGAUUGCCUGGCUCCCUCACCCACUACCUGGAGGUGAGGCACCAUCAGAACGUCUUAGCUGACUCAGCCACGGGGCGACCUGGCUCCCCUCGUGCCCUCUUGCCCUGCACUACCCUCUCUUGGCCAGGAGCCAGCGGG